AUGCCAGGCGCACCCGACAAGGCCGCGAACGCAGCACCAGCAGCAGCAUCAGCCAACGCCGCCACCUCUAACUCUACCGAGAAGCCCCUGCCGACCCAGAACAAAGCCGCGCAACUAGAGGAGGAUGACGAGUUUGAGGAUUUUCCUGUCGAAGACUGGGGAAAAGAAGAUGAGGUUGGCCAACAGGCGGGAAGCACGCAUCUCUGGGAGGAGAGUUGGGACGACGACGACACGACCGAUGACUUCUCGGUACAGUUGAAGGAGGAGCUGAAGAAGAUGGGCAAAUGA